AUGGAAAAGAACUUUCUAGUAUCACGGCUGGAGAAGCAGAACAAAACAGCCGCUGCUUGCCUGCUUUACGAGUUACGACUUCCCGACGACUGUUCUUUCAGAGGCCUUAUUGCCGGCGACCACCCUACUGAUUAUCUACUUUUGCUUGGAGGUUGUGCGGAAAGGGGUAAAGGAUGGUGUUUGUACCUUCAACUCAUCGGGAGGAAAGUCGCUAUUAUUAACUUAGACCCUGCAAAUGAUUCAUUGCCAUAUGAUUGUGCAAUCAACAUUGAAGAUCUUAUAAAACUCAGUGAUGUGAUGAAUGAGCACAAUCUUGGUCCUAAUGGAGGUCUUGUUUAUUGUAUGGAUUACUUGGAGAAAAAUAUCGAUUGGUUGGAAUCUAAAUUGAAGCCACUUCUGAAAGAUCACUAUUUUCUCUUUGAUUUCCCUGGUCAAGUAGAACUAUUCUUCCUUCACUCAAAUGCAAAAAAAGUCAUCAUGCAACUUAUCAAAAAACUUGAUCUUCGGUUGACAGCUGUCCACUUAAUAGAUGCCCACCUAUGCAGUGACCCUGGGAAAUACGUGAGUGCAUUGCUUCUCUCACUAUCAACAAUGUUGCAUAUGGAAUUGCCACAUGUCAAUGUUUUAUCAAAGAUUGAUCUUAUUGAGAACUAUGGAAAACUAGCCUUCAAUCUUGAUUUUUACAUGGAUGUUCAAGAUUUAUCUUAUUUACAACAUCAUGUGGAUCAAGAUCCCCGCUCUUCUAAGUAUAGAAAACUUACAAAGGAACUGUGUGAAGUGAUUGAAGACUUUGGAUUGGUCAAUUUCACUACUUUGGCUAUUCAGGAUAAAGAAAGUGUUACAAAUCUUGUGAAAUUAAUAGACAAAACAAAUGGUUAUAUAUUUCAAGGGAUUGAUGCUACUGCAGUUGAAUUCAGCAAAAUUGCUAUUGCUCCAACAGAUUGGGAAUACUAUAGAUAUCCUUUUAAUAAAUUUCAUUUGUUUUUUUUUUAAUAUAUUUGUGUAUAAUUUCUAUAAUUGAGUAGAUUUUUUAAAAUACAUUGCUAUGUCAAUGGUGUCCUUGACGUUAAUUUCACAACAGCAGCAGUGCAAGAGAAGUACAUGAAAGAUGAUGAAAAUUUUGAUUCUGAUGAUUAAUUCAAGAUGUGAGAUUUUUUUAUAUAUAUUUUCUUAUGAUACAUGGAAGUAGUAUCAAGAUAUGUAAUUUGUACUUUGGUUUAUAAAUUUUUGUUGUUGGCUAUUGGGUGGUGUACUUAUAAAAAGGGUUUAAGUUGGGUUUAAUUGAUACAUGAAGAGCCUCUACGACUUUUAAUUAAUUUAAUUUUGAUUAUAUGGAAAGGAGAAAAACAACGAGC